AUGUUCAGAUCAUUACGUUCAGUUAAAACCCCAAUUAAAAGUCUUGUUAGAACUUAUGCCACUGAAGGUGAAGGCUUAAAAUUAUCAUUGGCCUUACCUCACCAAACCUUAUAUUCCAACAGUGAAGUCGAACAAGUUAAUGUACCAUCAGUUAAUGGAGAUUUAGGUAUAUUAGCCAACCAUAUACCAAUUGUCGAACAAUUAAGACCGGGUUUAUUAGAAAUCAUCACCAAAUCUGGUGAAACUGAAACCUACUUCGUUUCUGGUGGUUUAGCUACUGUCCAACCUGGUAAUAAAUUAACUAUAAGUGCCAUUGAAGCUUUCAAACCUGAACAAUUCGAUAUCAGUGAAGUCAAAAAUUUAAUCACCGAUGCCCAAAAAAGAGCCAGUUCAUCUGAUGAAGUUGUUAGUGCCGAAGCUAACAUUGAAUUAGAAGUUUUAGAAGCUUUACAAACCAUUGCUAAAUAA